AUGGGAUUUGAAUUAGAUUCAGAUCAAUCUAUAUCAAGUGACUGCCUCCAUUAUGUUGUUGCUAGCAAAUAUCACUAUUUUUGGUGUGGUUCCUCUAUGCCUAGGACAGCAGAAUAUCUAACCAUGAAUGAAGAAAGGCGUCGGAAUGGACGUAUUGGUUCACGUAAGGGUGCACGUAGAAUACCAAAGGGAGUUAUUCAUGUUCAAGCAAGUUUCAAUAAUACCAUUGUCACUGUUACAGAUGUACGGGGUCGAGUAGUUUCUUGGUCCUCAGCUGGUACUUCUGGAUUCAAAGGUACGAGAAGAGGAACACCGUUUGCUGCUCAAACCGCAGCAGCAAACGCUAUCCGUACAGUAGUGGAUCAAGGUAUGCAACGAGCAGAAGUCAUGAUAAAAGGUCCCGGUCUCGGAAGAGAUGCAGCAUUACGAGCUAUUCGUCGAAGUGGUAUACUAUUAACUUUCGUACGGGAUGUAACUCCGAUGCCACAUAAUGGCUGUAGACCUCCGAAAAAAAGACGUGUGUAGAACUGAACAUUGAAGAAAUCUCAAGAGAAAUAAAAGAUUCGAUGAUCUAAUCAAAUAAUAGUACUAUGGUUCGAGAGAAAGUAACAGUAUCUACUCGGACACUACAGUGGAAGUGUGUUGAAUCAAGAACAGACAGUAAACGCCUUUAUUAUGGACGCUUUAUUCUGUCUCCACUUAUGAAAGGCCAAGCCGACACAAUAGGCAUUGCAAUGCGAAGAGCUUUGCU